AUGGCGGCCCAAGACCUGGAACUGUCGCAGAGGAGACUCCCCCAAUCAGAUCAGAUGUUCCGCGACGACUCGGACAACCUGGGUUUCCUCGAUGCCGCCACGGACCGGCGGGUGCAGGUGCUCCGACGGCGGGUGCUGGCGCUCUCGGCCCUCACGUGCGUCUCGCUGGUGCUGUCCAUCGCCGGCCUGUCCUACACCGGGUCCAUCGACAGGCGUGGGGCCUCGACGGGUGGGGCGGAGGCGGGGAUGAGCAGGGUGGAGGCGAGUGCACCGCUUGGAUACACGCCCCUCGUGAAGGACAAGACGGUGAAAAGGAUCGCGUUCGGAUCCUGCACGUCGCACCUUCUGGACGAGCAGCCGAUUUGGACCGAGGGUGUCAUUGCCAGUGGCCCUGAUGCAUGGAUAUGGCUGGGGGACAUGGCAUAUCUUGAUUCGCCAUUUGCUGAUUGUGGAAAAGGCGAAAACCGUGUGAACAACACUCAAUGCAACUGUGAAGCAGACUGGCUGCGAACGCCAGGCAACUGCAUGGCUGGUGACCUGGACCAUGCGAGAGAAAAGAUGAGGAGGCAGCUGCUAUCGAGGGGCUACCAUAGCUUCCUGCACUACAUGUGCCCCAGCUUCCUGCAGGCUGGUGUGUUUCCACCCACGGGUACUGACCCACAGGUCUGUCCAAAACCGAUAAUCGGCACAUACGACGAUCAUGACUACGGCUGGAACAAUGGCAACAGGAGGCUUCCCAAUAAGUUUGACAUGAAGCAGAUCUUCCUGGAUGCGGUUGGCGAGGUACCCGACAGCCCGCGCCGUAGCACAUCACAGGGAAUUCAGUGGAAGUACACAUUCAACGAAGGGAAGCCUGACCAACUGAUCGACGUGUACCUGUUGGAUGAACGAUAUGAGCGUGAUACACUGCCAUGCCAUUUAAGGCAGGAAUGGUGUAACAACACAGUGCUUAAGGACCAAAAGAGCGGUUACUAUGCAUGGUGCAAGGACUUUGUUGUGGACGGUGGGGUGAAGGCGAACGGCUCGUGUUGCCCCUCAGAUGACCGCUUCUUCCGGGGUUGGUGCCAGCAGUCCGAUGCCAAAACCGACCCCAUCUGGCCAUACCUGUGCGAUCCCACCUCUGAUGUCUAUGCGGCUUCCUCAGCAGCAGAGCCUUCAAACUUGACAUUUCAGGAUGGCAAACCUCUGGCAUUUGAGGUCCCUGAUUGGGACACGGCGAGUGAGGUUUCCCCACUGUGCGAAGUUCUGGGACCAAGGCAGCGGCAAUGGCUCUCGGAUUCACUGGCCAAGUCGAAAGCGAAACUGACGAUCAUCGGAUCUGGGUCAGUAGUGUUUGGCAACUUUUUGCAUCAGCGCAAGGACAACAUGGGGAUCUGCAGUGAUGACGACUGGGAUUGCUAUCAUCCAGCUCAGCUUCAGCUGGUGCACACCCUCAGUAAUGCCAGUGGCUGUGUGGUGAUUGUGACCGGGGAUUACCACAUAUCGGACAUCAAAAUGUUGGACACGGAGCCGGGGAAAAAAUACGCUGAGCGAUACAUGACCGACAAGCUGGAUUCACCCAUCUACCAGGUGAUGGCCAGCGGAAUGACCAACGAAACCGCCCGGGCUCAAUUCUUUGACAAUCCAUGUCAAGACUGGGUAACGGACACGCCGGGGUUCAGGCCCCUGGGCGAGUGCAGCUUCGUGCCCACUCCCGCCUUCGGCAUGAUCGACAUUGACUGGGACGCCAGGAUUGUGCACUUGCAGAUAAUGGACGGCAGGGACGGGAGGAACGUGGCUUCGGGGUUCGACGAGACGCUCCAAAAGAUCUCCUUCCACCUGGAUUCGUGCAAACGAGUGUGA